AUGCCUCCUUCUCGUCCUCUUCCUCUUCCCCCUCGACUCCCUCCCCGGCCGACUCGUUCUAUCCCUGCGGUACAAAAAGAUCCUGUCCAUUUACCUCUCUACCGUCGACUGUUAUACCCCCGAGCACCUCUUUAUCUCUCCGUACCACCUUUCCUCGAUGGAGAUACACUUGAAAUUGUGUUGCUGAACGAGCGAAUACAUCACCUCAUUGCUCUCGCACUUCGUUAUUACGUCCUCUCAUGGUAUUCACGUCUUUCCCCUCGAGAUCGAACUCUUUUACCAAUCAUCAACUCUCAAAUUAUUCGACCUAUCCUUCAACCGAUCCUAACAUCUAUACAAAGUAAUCCAUCAAAUAUCAUCAUCUUCUUACUACUUGAUCUACCCAACAUUAUAUCUAUACAUCUUCGAACCUUUCGACAAUCCCUGGAAGCUCGGAAUGUUUUGUCUCCUUUACCAGGUAUAAAAACCCCGGGAGAAGCCUAUCAUUCCCGUCUUCCACUCUUAUCUGUUUGUCUCAUACCCUCCAAUACCCCCUCUCCUCCUACUACAUCAGAUCAAGAUAACAGGGAAGAACAGGGAGAAAAACAAGAUUUACUGGGAAAUGCGGAAUACAUAGUCUCCCCUAUAUACCUGACUGCUCUAGCGGACUCUUUGACCAAACUCUACAUUCCUAUAGAAACUCAAUCAGAAGUGGAAAGUCCCAUUCUACGCGAAAUUCUAGGCCGGGCGGUAUUAGGAGCCAUAAGUCGUCGGUUGGUAGAAGGUUGGUUUUGGUAUCAAAUCAUCCUUCGUUUUCUCGGAGAACCAAAGUCAAGCGUUUCAGUCAAAGAGACAGCGGUCAAGGAGAGGACAACAGCGACGGAAGAUAUAUGGGCGUUUUUCGUACGUCUAUGGACAAUUCUGUUAGGUAUUUGGAAUUGGGCGACGGGAGUGGUAGCCCUUUACUCUGAGACAAGUAGGGACGAAAGGUAUGAUGGAUGUCAUUUGAUUUGGUUGAGUGUGAUCAGGGAGAUUUUGGGGGUGGACGAGGAAAGGAUUUGGCAUAGACGUUUGAUAUGGGGAUCCAUGGAGAUGUUUGUGAAUCUCUUGGGUCCCAUCAUUGACAGUCAAGAUGCAAAUUCCGAAUAA